UUUAAACCGAUAAAAGAGUCUUUUACAUCCGAUCAGAAGGAUAGCAAUAAUUCGCGAUCAUACCCACAUUGCUAGCCUCAUCCGUCCGUCACAAUCCGGAUCUAUUAGCUAAUGAAUUGGCAGGUCCAUGUUCCGAGCCGAUGGAUCGAAGCGGGAGAUCUGCCGAGAUAAAUAAAUAACUCCGCUACCGCCGCGCACGCCGUUCGUUCCGACAAUCGGUAUAUAAGACGUGGAACAGACAGCCGCGCGGACCUCUCAGGAGACGUAAUUAGCUAGUACAUAUCAGCAUUAUUCAAUUUAACGCUAUUCGCCGCUAAUCAUGGACCACCCUGUAGUGCACCUAUUGAAGUCUCUCAUGUCCAUCGUGAGCACAAGUGAACUGGAACACGACAUAGGCGUAUUCCUAGAACAACAUCUGCAAGGCUUAGGCUACACCGUCGAGCGCAUACCGAUUGCGCCGGGGUCCAGUCGGCAUAACGUCUACGCAUACCUCGGUUCAGCGCGCACGACGCGCGUGCUCCUCACAGCGCACAUGGAUACGGUGCCGCCGCACAUCCCUCUAAGUAUCGACGGCGACAUCAUCCGUGGGAGGGGCUCGUCCGACGAUCUAGGCCCGCUAGCGGCCCAAAUAAUCGCCGCAGAAGAACUCCGGCGAGAAGGAAAAGUCCGCGAACAGGGAGGAGACAUCGCAUUGUUAUUUGUCGUGGGCGAAGAGAACGGCGGUCAUGGCAUGGUUGCCGCGAACGACAUGGGGGUUACGUGGGAGUCCGGGAUAUUCGCCGAGCCGACGGAGAGCAAGCUCGCAAAGGGCCACAAGGGACAAGUCGCCUUCGAGGUCAUCGCUCAGGGCGUCGCCUGCCACUCGGGCUACCCCCAUCUGGGCAAAAGCGCCACAUCCGCGCUCCUCACGGUAUUGAAUGAGCUCUCGGCGACGAAGUGGCCGGAAUCAGACCUUCUCGGCCCCUCGACGUUCAACAUAGGGACCCUGCAAGGCGGGGAGAAGCAUAACAUCGUCGCCCCGUCUGCCAGGGCCCUCUGCGAGGUGCGCAUGGUCUCCGACCUGCCGGGCAUCAAAGCCAAGCUCGAGGAGAUCGUCUCGCGACACGCGAACGUGGAACUGAGGUUCGUCUUCGAGUACCCGGAAGCUCUGCUGGAUUGGGAGAUCGAGGGCUUCGAGGCGGCGCCCGUCGCGUUUGGGACAGACGUGCCGCGACUCAGGGACGAGUUCUGCAGCAAGAGGGUUCUCUAUGGGCCCGGGUCGAUCCUCGUGGCGCAUGGGCCGGACGAGUAUAUCCGUGUUCCUGAACUGAUUGAUAGCAUAUCUGGAUACAAGAGAUUAGUUACCCAUUUCCUUGGGUAAGAGGAAGAGCGUGUGGACCCAGCUGGCCUGCGUUUCCCCGAGUUGUUCUACGCUUAACGACAUUUACAGUCUUGGGCCAGACAUAAAUUCGGACGAACAUGAUAGGAUAAUAUGACUUUCACGUUUCGGUCAUGAUCUCUAGCGGGAGAUAUCCGAUGUGAUAGGGGGGUAGGAAGCCUUGGUGUUAGUAACCAUGAGCUCAUCGGAGGACAGGUGACAUUAGCGUGGUUCGCCUGGCAAACUUAUGGGACUGUGAACGAUGC